GACAACGGCCUGGAACGGGUAUCAGAAUGCAGUUUCUUCAGAUGUUUCGUGGCUUAUGGCAUCCCUGCCUCGGAGCUAUGUGUGACUGUGAGUCAUUUACAAGCAAGCAAACGCCCACUUCCUGAAAGCCAGGAAAGUGAAACUAAUUCUGUCUGCAGUGUGUGGAAGCCAUGGCUGCUGCUGGGAGUCCCGUCCAGGAUCUCUGUGAGGAAGCCACUUGUUCCAUCUGCCUGGAUUAUUUCAGGGAUCCAGUGAUGGUUACAGAGUGUGGCCACAAUUUCUGUCGAGCCUGCCUGAUCCAGUGCUGGGGGGAGAAGGACACAGAGGGCUCCUGCCCCCAGUGUAAAGGAACCUUCCAGAAGGAAAACCUCAAGCCAAAUAGGCAGCUGGGUAACUUUGUCGAAAUUGCCAAGAAAUUCGGAGAUCAGGGGGCCAAGGGGGCAGAGCAGAAGGGGGGAGUCUGUGAGAAACACCAGGAGCCCCUGAAGCUCUUCUGCAAAGACCAUGAAACCCCCAUCUGCGUGGUGUGUGACAGAUCCAAGGAUCAUGAACAUCACAAGGUGCUUCCUCUGGAGGAGGCUUCCCAGGAGUAUAAGGAUCUGAUCCGUCGUCACCUGGAGAUUCUCAGGGAAGAAAGAGAAAGAAUUCUGGCAUAUAAGGCAGAAACAGAAAAGGAGAAUAAAGAACUUCUUAAGGAAACCAAAGCAGAGAGGGAAAAGGCAGUGGCUCAGUUCAGACAACUCCGGCAGCUUCUGGAGGAACAAGAGAAGCUUCUGCUGACCCAGAUAGAAGGCUUAGAGGAGCAGAUUGCCAGGAGAAGGGACGAGCACCAGGCCAAACUCUCUGAAGAACUCUCCUCUCUUGAAAGCCUCAUCCAGGAGUUGGAGGAGAAGUGUCAGCAGCCAGCGAGUGAACUCCUGCAGGACGUGAGAAACACCUUGCAGAGGAGUGAGAAGGAGACAUUUGAGAAUCCAGCAGCUUUCCCUCCAGAGCUGAAGUGGAGGAUCUGGGACUUCCGUGAAAUAAAUCCCUUUCUGGAGAGAGUCAUGAAGCAAUUCCAAGAUGCGCUGCUAACUGGACUACCUGUGAUGAAAGCAAACGUUACUCUGGAUCCAGACACAGCGAAUCCCAGGCUCAUCCUGUCUGAGGACCAUAAAAGCGUUAGAAGGGGAGACAAACGGCAAGAUGUGCCCAACAAUCCUGAGAGAUUUGACACAUAUGCUUCUGUCCUGGGACGUGAGGGAUUCACGGCAGGCAGACAUUUCUGGGAAGUCAGUGUGGGAAGUGAGGGAGACUGGGCUGUGGGGGUCGCCAGAAAGUCUGUGAGGAGAAAAGGCUGGAUUGGACUUGGUCCUGAGGAAGGGAUGUGGGUUGUGAGGUAUCGUGGAGGUGUAUAUAGGGCUUUCAACCCCCCUCAUUACCCUCUUCUGUCCCUGAGUGGGGAUCUGAAGGGGAUCCGGGUGUCUCUGAACUGCAAUGAGGGACAGGUGUCCUUUUACGAUGCUGACAGGGGGACCCUCCUCUACACCUUCUCUGGAGCCUCCUUUGCAGGAGAGACAAUUCUGCCCUUCUUUCAUGUAUGGGAAAAAGGCCACCUGAGGAUCUCUCCUUAAGGCAGCUCAGAGCCUUCCUCACUUUCCCUCCUCUCCAGACCUGAAUGGUUAAUCUAAGCAUCAAACCUACCUUUGUCGAGGGCCCCUUUCCCCCUUCUGCAAAGGCCCCCUGAGAGGCCUCCAGUCACAGACACCAGAACUACAUGGACUAAAAUGAUGCCUGAUUUCCUCCCUCCCUUUUCCCAGACUUCUCUCAUCUCUCACUUCUUAAAGAGACAGAAGCACAUGAAUAAUCCAGACCAACAUUUUUUUUAACUGCAUUGCUUCCAUGGCCACAAAAAUUCUCUCUCUCUCUCUCUCUCUCUGCACAAACACACACAUACACACGGGUGCAUUGUAGCUUGUCAGCAUUAAAGUGAAGUUCCAUAAGGCGCAACACCCCUUUCCCAAGGUGCCGGCUGUCCUGUGACCUGCCGCAGGAGAAAGGGACUCUGAAAACUCAGCGCCCGGCAAGGCAUGCAAGGAGAAUGAGCCAAAUUCUCACCUGGCUCCCUUGCGACAAGGACCAAUGAACUGGAGGGCGGAGGAGGAGGGGCGGGGUGGGGGGCAGCCACAAUAGUGGGAGAGCAAACAAGUGAAAAGAGAGUUCAUCAGUAUGGCGAUGAUCGUGAAAGGGACCAGCACUUGACGCGCUAAAGAAACAGAGGUUAAAAUUGCAGGUGCAUACCAGGAAUAAAAAGUAGGUGUGAUGGA